AUGGAGCUGUUGCUUCUUCAUUACCCAUUUACUUGUGUGUUCCUGGCUUUUCUAGUCCUUUACCAGGUGAAACCUGCCUUCAGAUUCUUCUGCAAGAUGACCUUCUAUAAGUUGUGGGUCUUCACUGUCAGCAUUGUGUCUAUUGUCCUCAGUCUUCCUCGUGGCAGGAACGUGGAGAACCUCAAGAUUUUGAGUGCAAUGAUCCUGCCAAUCAAAUACAUCUUUGGUAUCCAGAUAGUGGUGAAGGGCAAGGAGCACCUGAGGUCUAAGAAACCUUUUGUCAUGGUGCUGAACCAUCAGACCUCCCUUGACAUUCUGGUGAUGAUGCAGGUAUUACCCAGUCGCUGUGUAAUCAUUGCAAAGAAGGAAAUCCUCUACAUGGGCACCUUUGGCUUGGCCUGUUGGCUUGGAGGAGUUGUCUUCAUUGACAGAAAGAAGAGGGAAGAGUCUAUCAACAUAUUGUCAGAGGUGGCACAAUCCCUGCACAAGGACAAUGUGUGUGUCUUGGUCUACCCUGAAGGAACUCGCAAUCAUGGUGGCUCCAUGCUGCCCUUCAAACGUGGAGCCUUCCAGCUGGCUGUGAAAGCCCAGGUCCCCAUUGUUCCUGUUGUGUUGUCUUCCUACUACAGCUUCUACCACCAGAAGGAGAAGAGAUUUACACCAGGCAAACUCAUCAUCCAGGUCCUGCCAGAAGUGCAGACCCUGGGUCUGGGCCCGGACGAUGUUGCCAAGCUCACCGAGCAGGUCCGUGACUCCAUGGUGACCACCUACCAAGGAAUCUCAGGAAUGACGAAUGGAGCUUCCCAUCAGUGA